AUGAUCACAGCUACUAGCACGACAGACGAGACUGACAGCGUUGUAUAUGAUGGGCCAGAGUCCAAACUGGCAGGAACGUUCCAGCAAUUACCCUUGAGUGAAAUACAGACUUUAGCUGAGCAGCCUCGCCCUGCGGUCUCAGCUAAAGCUAGCUCUCUCAAACGUCUCCCGAAAAUUCGGUUGCGUGGAGCCAGAAUGAAUUCGAUUAACGCGAAGGACAAGCGAAAAUCGCUUCCUGUCCCUGUUGCACGACCCAAAACAGUGGUAUCGGCACCAUCUUCAGCACCAUCACAGUCUGCGCUGGUUGGUGAAGCCUUAACACUAGCUACAUCAAAAGGUCUGCGAGGAGGGUACAUCGAAUUCAUGCGCUCAAACACUGAUGAAAGCAUAAAACAGUCAUUGUGA